AUGAGGCUGCCUUCUCUGCUCAAGCUCGGCUGCGCCUCGGUGCUUGCCACCCUUUGCAUCUUCCCGCACCGCAGCAUAGCUGUUGGCGGCGAUGCCGGUCCUAGCUCUGCCCCUUUUUGGGUAGAAAGGCCAACGCCCAGGGUAGAGAAUUACAUCACGUUGCUCCAUCCGCAUCGCAUCGCUCUGCUGCGCCACGAUGCUCAGCUGCAUCCCAACGUGGACUCGUAUCAGUAUCUGCCCUUCAUGGACGGCUUUCCCCUCUUCACCACGCGCACCGAUCCAGAGACGGCCGAGAUGGCGCUCAGCUACUACGGCCGCGUAGGCAUCCUCGACACCGCAAGGCACGACGGCCGCUUGAUCAAGUACGGCAACGCACGUCUCGAGCAGGAUCUCUUGCCCGACCUCGACCGCGCCCUGAACCUGCACAGCCUCGACUCCAAGGUGCACCGUCUGCGUCAUCUUGUGCUCCGCGGUGGGAUCGCCGUGCCGCCUCGGCCGGACAUCUUGUCGCUGCCACACGUCAGAGGAGUUCCCGUCCUCACCGCCGAAUUCUCCACGCUCGACCAGAUGCUUCACGCUGCUGGAACGGGCAAUGGCGACUUCUGGUACCUUCGAAGUUCAGCGCCCAUCGUCAAGAUCACGCCGCGCGAGGAAGGCCUGUACGAGCUGGCCACCGCGCGGGACGUGCGGGAGAUCGAGCGCGUCAGCUCAGGCGUGCGCCAUGCCAGGCUGCGGUACGGCGACUCGCUUUCCUCCCUCCUUUGGGGCGCGCCCAUCGAGCUGAGGGACUUGCAUCGCCAAGACCGCAUCAGGCGCCCUUCGCUCGCUCACUAUCCGCGACUCGUCGAUAGCGAAUCGCGCGACGAGAUGAUCCAUGCGCUUCAGACGCGUGGACGAUUCCGCCUCUACAGGUCCGGCCAACACGCGGGAGAGAGGUUCAAGGUGAUGCUCAUCAAUCCUGAUGCUCAGCAGGGCACGCGCAUGCGCAUAGAGGUCAGACCGCUCACUAACUGGGAACGAACCCAGGAAGACUGGUUGGUUCGGCUCGGCAAGACCCGUCUGCCUGUCUGA